UCUGCCACCAACUGGAUGUCGCUACUAGGCAACUUCCACUGGUCCAACACGGAAAUUCACCUCGGAAGAAACACAGAAGACUGCACUUCACUGGUUCCGCAUAGGAAAAAAAACAGCCAAUGCAGUCCUCCCUUACAGCCAAUAUCUGACAUCGAUCAGUGAUUAACCGUACAGCCGGACACUGGCAUGUAACUCGGCAGUGUUGAAGCUUAGCUUAGUCUGCAACAGCACCGACUAGUGAAGACAGUGUUCGAGCAGAAGAUAUGAACAGGGUGUGGAUGUGUUAGCCUGGUAGCAAGCUCACCUGUUUGUGUUGUGGUGCUGGUGAUGGAGCACAUCGAGGAGUCUUCGCCUCUCCGGAUCACCCCGACCGUCCGGGCGCUGAGCUCCGCACUGCGGGGGAAGCGUGAAAAUGUCCACGAUUCCAGGCGGGAAAACGGCGACAGGAUCUUCCCAGAGCCGGAGAAGCUUUGGUUCAAGGAGAGCAGCGCUAAAAACCUGCGUAACAGGGACUUCUUAUCGCCGACCACGAUGCUCAACACGCUGUAUGCGGAUGGACAGGUCCCUCCAGCAGUGAUGUCCAGAGUGCUGUCCCUCUGUGGCAGUGGGGUUCUCCCUGUGGCUGGUGGGGAAGUCAUGGGUGAGGGGUUGAGGGUGAGGGUGGACCGAGCUGCAGCCUUCAAGGCUGUCCUGGCAGAUGGAGCCACAGAGUACCUGAAGCCCUCGAGUCAGAGGCAAGGCUGUGUGGUGCUCAACUGCCCAGCACUGCACCCUAAACCCAACACACCCACUCCUGAUACACUGACUCUGGGCCAGCUGAGGACUGUGCUGUUGGCUGAUCACAUGGGAGCGCUGUUGAGAAGACAAGGAUUCACAGUGUCCUAUUGCCCCACACUUCCCGAAGACAGCGACAUCAUCACCUUCCUCCGAGCUCUUGGCAUCGACUGGCCGACAGCUCCAGCCAACUGGACCAACGAGGAGCGGGAGGAGAAGAUUCAGGAGGCGCUGGAGAACUCCCCGUACAGAGAGAGCGAAAUGGAAAGAGGCAGGAGAACAAGCGGAGGAGGAGGAGGAGGAGGGAGGAAGGCAGAGGAGGGGGAGAACAAGGGAGUGCUCAGGGUCAACCUGAAACGAGUGUUCCAGGAGGAGGGGCUGCUGGGAUACGACCCCAGCCUUGGUACCUGCACAGUACACAGAGACAGUGUUUCCCACCUGGCGCAACUGGACCUAGCCACUGCUGACUGCACAGUAGCCAUGGCAACAGCGUUACAUGUGACUUCCUGUCAGGAUGAGUUCCGCCAGCAGCAGAUAGCAGUGCUGUGGAGAGCCAGUGGAGUGACACACACACAGAGACAUCUGGUGUGUGGGCCCGUGAAGACUCCUGGCUCUCACCUCACCGCUGCACAGUAUCUGCAGCUGAGAAGAGGUCAGAUGAAGGAGGCCUCAGAGAUGAAGUAUGGAGAUCAAGUAGAAGGUCAGACGUGGGAUGACAUCAUCAGGGUCAUGACCUCUGCCACUGUAAGAUUUGAGCUGCUGUCAACGGUCCACACCAGUCCGGUGACACUGGACGUCCAGAGGGAAGGGGGCGUGUCCACCAAAGGGCCCAGAGGAGGAGUGUUUGUGAUGUAUAACUGUGCCAGGCUGCACACUCUGUUCGACAGCUACGAGAGAGGAGUGGAGAAGGGUCUGUACCCAGAAAUCCCUGAAGGCUCCCAGCUCGACUUCUCUGCUCUGAAAGAAGAGGGCGAGUGGCUCCUCCUGUUCAAUUACCUCAUCCCGUUCUCCGAGCUGCUGGACCAAUCAGGACAGGCAUUAGAUUGUGAAGGGGGAGGGGCCAGAGUCAAUAUUAAGACUGAACAGAUCUGUAAAUUUCUCGUGUCUCUCAGUAAAGACUUCAGCUCGUACUACAACAGAGUCCAUGUGCUGGGGGAGCCGCUGCCUCAUCUCUUCAACCAGAUGUUUUGUCGUCUGCAUCUGUUGAGAGCGUUGAGAGAGCUUUACCACAGCGCUCUGGACAUACUUAACCUUCCCCCCAUCAGGCAACUAUAGCCUCGAAAUAAUUCACUCAUCCUGUGAUCACUGUUGGCCCUAUUGUCCCAUCAAUCUCACACAAACACACUCUCACCUAUGUUGUUCAAUUGUAGCUUCACGUUUAGUAAUGACAAUGUAUUCAACUACAACACACAGUCACCUUUCCCUGUUUGUGGCAAUGUUACAGCACGGUCUGUGCCCACUGUCAGUGUAGCUGGCCUUACUGUAAUUGUUAAAAUAGUCAAAGGACGUCAUCACACAUAAAUAACGUAAUGCGACGUCAGUAAACCCUAAACUCUGCAUACUGAGCUCAGCUCGAUCUGGUCGGGUAGAUUUUCCUGGAAAUGUUGAGCUGUUUGUUAGUUGAAGAAAUAGUUUGGUGUUUCAGGAAGUAAGCUUAUUUGUCUGUUACUGACAGUUACAGGAGAAGUUUUAGUCCUCUCUGACGUCUUUACAGUAAAUAUGUAGCUACUGCAAAGAGUGUAAAAAUCAUUAUGUGUCGGACUAUUUUGUGAGUGGGGUUAGUUGCCUGGAGACAGCAGUAAGAUAAUGGUCCCAGUCGAGAAAUGUCUGACACAUGAUCCCUUAAAACAUUGUGUUGUUUUACACUUUGGUCUUUGUACGUAUUAAACAAGCCAAUUAAAGAACACUGACAUCAUGCUGUCAUGGUGCUUUUGAGUUUCAGCUGCUCAUAUUUACUGUACAUAUGAGAAAGUGGUAUCAAUCUUAUCCUCCACUCUCUGUAAGAAAGCAAAUAAGCAAAUUAUUCCCAAGAUGUCAAACUGUUUCUUUAAGUUUGAAUUUGUUGCUAAAUCUAAAUUUUUCCCUUUUAUAAGUAUACCAGGCAUCUGAAUUUCAACAGCCAAAUAGGCCAAAUCUACAGUGUUUCAGUUAGCAAAGAUGAGAUGCUUUUUCCUGUUGGAGCCCUACUUUGUAAUUUUAAAUUCUGCUCUAAUCAUGUGACCAUACAGGACAUUAAUGUGCCCUGUGACCACAAACAUUUCUCCGAUUUGGUGCCAAAAUCCCACUAGUUGUUAAGACACCCAUCUAAACUGUAGUAACCCC